AUGUUUGCCAGGUUUAGUAAAAUAAUUAGUGACUUAAAGGCAUCUGGCAAGCCCUACACCAGUGGUGAUCAAGUCAAUAAAAUUCUCAGAAGUAUGCCAACCAGUUGGCAGACCAAAGUAGUCACACUGGAAUCUCAAGACCUAAACAAAUUGUCCUAUGAUGAAAUGCGAGGAGAACUCAUUGCUUUCGAAAGGACGCAUUUGAAAAAGAUAAAUCAAGAGGAGAAAAAGAAAAUAGUUGCAUUCAAAACCUCUACUGAAAUGGCUGAAAAUGAAAUUGAUGAUCCUGAAGCUCUACAAGAAGAGAUUGCUAUGAUGUCUAGAAAUAUGGAUGGGCUGAUGAGAAGAUACAGAAACAUAAAGAAAGGAAGAUUCCCACCAAGACGGUCCAGGCAAUACAAUGAACAGGAUAAGAACGAUGGAAAAUGCUACGAAUGUGGAAAAUUUGGGCACAUUCAGGCUGAAUGCCAAGAACUGAAAAGGAAGAUCUCUAGAGGCUUCAACAAGAACAAAUCCUUCGGAAGCUGGAGCGAUGAGGACGACUCAGACCAUGAAGAAAUAGCAAAUAUUUGUUUCAUGACAAUUCUAAAAAAUGAAAUAAACAAAACCUCAGGAUGUUGGACAGAUGAAGAUGAUUCAGAUGACGAGAACUGUUUCAUGGCACGAGGUGAAACUAGUGAGGUAAGAUCUUAUGACUGCGAAAGAUGUAAUGAAUUGCAGGAUAUUCUUGAUUCUACCUUAAAAGAGUCUCAAAGAAUGAUGAAUGAACUUAAGAGACUCACUAGGGAGGUUACAUACUGGAAACUCAAACAUGAAGUAUGUGAAAUCGAAAAAGAAGUACUUCAAGAAGAGUUUGAGAAGUUGCAAAUGCAGCUUAACAGCUUGCGCAAAUCCACCAGUCAUAAUUCUGUUAGGUCAAACCAGACGACUUACAAGUCAACUGGAAAGGAGCCAACCAAAACCAAGUCGACUAGUUGGUCGGACUAG